CCGCCUCAGUCUCCGCUCUCCACACAACAAAUCUCCUCGUGCCGCACUUCAUCCCCAUGGCCACUCAUGACUCCUUUCGCUCUCCCUCCUCCCGCAACUCACGCACAUCUCGUUCCCCGACCGGCCCGAACGUCUUUUUCGACAUCGAAAUCGACGGCGUCCCUGCUGGCCGCAUCGUCUUCAGGCUCUUCGACGAUGUCUGUCCGGUCACUGCCCGUAACUUCCGCGAGCUUGCCACUGGCGAGAACGGCUAUGGCUAUGCCAACUCGUACAUUCACCGCGUCGUCCCCAAUUUCAUGAUUCAGGGUGGGGAUAUCGUCGACGGCAACGGUACGACCGGCCGGUCCAUCUACGGGCCUACCUUUCCCGACGAGAACUUUCGCCUCUCGCACGAUCGCCAGGGUCUCCUCUCCAUGGCCAACCGUGGCCCAAACUCAAAUUCGUCCCAGUUCUUCAUCACGACCGUACCCGCGUCGUGGUGUGACCGGCGGAACGUCGUGUUCGGCGAGGUCAUCCGGGGCAUGGACAUCGUCCGCAAAGUCGAGAGCUACGCGUCCGACCACAUCCUAUAUAAGCCCUCCGUCGACAUCCUCAUCGCCGCCUGCGGCACCUUAUAACGGGCCCGGGCCCCGCCUCCACCCCUCCCCGUCUGCGUCUCCCCCUCUCGCCGUCCUCACACUCACACUCACACUAUUGUCGCCGCCGCCAUCAUGACCGCCGCUGCUGCCGCUCCGAGCUGGGAGGCCGGGGAGGGUGGGGCAGUCGGCCAUCUCCGCCCAGGGGCGGAGCGCACCCCAGGCCGGGACGCCCUCCCGAGUCCCGACCUACCGAUCUGUCACCCCCGCCACGCCACGCCCUGCCCUGUCGCCCGCUCGGGCCCUAUACACGCGCGUAUGCAGCGCCAGCACGCACACCGCCAGCACCCUAUCAUGCCGCCGUGUGCGCCUGCCGCGCGCGCACAACCUCCGCGCCUGUCUCCCUGCGCGCUGCUGCCGCUGCAAAAUCGGCUGGCCGUCGUUGGCGGUGUGGAGGAGGGUGGGCGGCGCCGCUGAAGUAUAUUUAAGUAGCCGUAUCUAGUAGCGUCCUAAUACCAUGCCUGUGCCGCUUCCGGCCGUCCUCGC